AUGAGGCUCCUCAUGCUUGUACUCCUGUUCCUCGGGCACCAGGCUGCUGCCGCACAACAGAACAAAUGGAAAGUCAUCCUCCCGAAGGAGGUGUGGGCUUGGCACGGCGCCUGCGUGUGGAUCCCGUGCAGCUACACGACUCCCAGAGGCAACCCCAUCCAAUCCUGGACCUGGCUCCUCAAGCCACAGUACGAUGACGAACGGAAGGAGUUCCAGGGCACGGUGCUGCAGAGGUGGCCGGAGUCCGAACUGGAGAAACACCAAGGCGGAUCCCACCAGGGCCACCCACGGGUCUCUCAAGAACCCAGAAACUGCUCUCUGAUCCUGGAAAAUGUGCAGGAGACUCACAAUGGCCUGUAUGGGCUGAGGCUGGUGGGCAAGCCCAGCUCCUCCAAAUGGAUAGAAGAGCUGCCAGUUAAUGUCACUGCGUCAGCCCCGAAGCCCCAGGUCACAGUUCCUGAGCUCAAAGAAAACCGGGAGGCGUCUAUCACAUGUUCACUGCCUUAUGCCUGCCCCCGAUACCCUGUCCACUUGGAGUGGGACACCAAAGACCUGGGAGGGACCAAUCCGGUCUCGAAGACUUCCCUGCCCACUGAUCCCAACUCUGAGAGGACCAGCAUCUCGCUCACACUGCACCCGACCUGGAAGGAUCAUGGGCGUUGUCUACACUGCAGGAUGUACGACCCCAAGAAUCAAUUACUAGCUGAGACCCAGGUGUUUCUGAACGUGCAACACAUCCCCAGGAACCUCAGUGUGGUGGCCACGCCGGGCCUCAUAUUGUCCGUGGGCAGCAAUGUGACGCUGAAGUGCUUGGUGGGCAGCAGCCACCCGCCCCCCCAGCGCUUCUCCUGGCUGCGGGACGAAGGGAAGGUGCUGGGGUCCACGGGAGAUACCCUGACCCUGGUCCACGUGGGCAGGGAGGACAACGGCGCUUACAGCUGUCACGCCCAGAACAUCCUCGGGGAGGGGGAGUCGGAGAAGGUCCAACUGCAGAUUCCACACCUCCCCCUCCCAAGCCAGGUACAACUUCCCCAAACGGCGGUGGCCGAGGGCUCCACCGUGAUGCUGACCUGCGAGACCGCGGCCACCCCAGCCGUUUCCCUGUAUCGCUGGUUUCACGACGGACGGGAGGUGCUUCAAGAGAUGAACCGAACCCUGACCCUCAAGGACCUCGGACCGCACCACUCCGGCCUCUACACCUGCCAAGGCCAAAACAGCCAGGGCUGGGGGGAAUCGGAGAAGGGGGCCCAGCUGGACGUUCAGUACCCCCCCGUCGGGGUGGAAGUGCGGCCCGAGAACGCAACCCCAAUCCGCGAGGGAGACGCGGUGACGCUGACCUGUUCCUACAACCGCAGCAAUCCGCCCGUGUCCAGCUACUCGUGGGACGUCGGCUCGUUGCCCCACAUCAGCCCGUCCGAGGGCGUCCUGUACAUCUUCCGGGUCCCCUGGAACCCGGAGCCGGUAACCUGCACCGUCAUCAACCCCCGCGGCUUCGCCUCCUCCCAGCCGCUCCACCUGGAUGUGCAGUACGCCCCCCAAAACGUCAGAGUGGCGCUGGACCCCCCGCAGCCUCACGUGCGGGCCGGGGCCCGCGUCCGCCUGCGGUGCGAGUUUUCGUCCAGCCGGCCCCCGGCGGUGUCCUACGGCUGGAGCCGCGACGGGUGGGCGCUGGCUGGCGGGAGGGACCUGGAGUUCGCCGCCAUAACGCCCGAAGAGGCCGGCCGCUACAGCUGCUCGGUGACCAACGCCGCCGGCUCCACCCGCUCCCGGGAGUGGGAUCUGGUGGUGCAGUACCCCCCUCGACGUCUCCGCGUGUCCAUCUUCCCGGACGACACGGUCAUGGAGCGGACGGCGGUGGCUCUGACGUGUGAGGCGGACGCCAACCCCGGCGUGUUCCGCUACAGCUGGUUCGAUGAGCGGGGCCGGGAGCUGCCCUACUCGGGUCGGAAGCUGACGCUGGCGGCCGCCAGGGCCGGCCACUCCGGGGCCUACUGGUGCCAGGGAACCAACGGGCUGGGCACGGGGCAGUCGCCCCCCAGCACCCUCACCGUGCAUUACAGCCCCCAGACCAUCGCCAAGAGAGCAGCAAUGGGAAUUGGUGCCAGCCUGGCUGUCUUCGUGCUGAGCAUGCUGGGGGUUCGGCUAGUGCAGCGGUGGAUGAAGCGGUCCUCUUGGAGAGAGGUGCAGGCUCAGGGACCCCCCAGGGGCCACACUUCGUUCUUCGUGGGGAAUAAGAUCCGGGGGCCGCUCCGCCCAGAAGCCCCACGUUCGAUGGGUUUUUCCAACCCCGGACUGGAGGACACCAUCAGCUAUGCCACCCUGCGCUUCCCCACCGAGAGCUCCUCGGCGCAGCCACCUGGUACUGUGGAGGAUGCGGCCGCCGCCAUCCGCCUGCAGCUCCCAGACGAUUGCGUCACGUACUCUGUUCUACAGAUUCCCCCUGGAGCCCGGCGCCCAGUUGACGAUUACGAGAAUGUAGCUGCGGCCUCCGCACCGCCACCGCCGGACGAGGGUUUACACUACUCAGAGCUGCUGCAGUUUCCGGGAGGCCCGCGGCCCCCAGCCCAAGAUCAUGUGGAGUACGCCGCCCUGCGCCACUAACCGCGCACGGAGACAGCGACCAGUUAGCCCCACUCCACCCCAGCACAGGUCAUCCCAAACCUGAGACUCUUCCCCAUCCAUCCCUGACUCCCCUCAGUGAUCCAGCACAGGUCAUUCCACAGCCUGGCUUCUCGUUACUCCAUCCCUGACUCUCCGCAAUGUCCCAGCAGAAGUCAUCCUACAGCCUGGCCUCUCCCCUGUCUACUCCUGACUCCCCGAAGUUACCCAGCACAGGUCAUCCCACAGCGGGCCUCUCUCUGCUCCAUCUCUAACUCUUCCUCGGUGACUUAGUGCAAAUAAGCCAACACCACCAGACUCUCCGUAAAGGAUCCACCGCGGGCUGUCCAACAGCCCUGAUCUCCUCCAGUGACCCAGCACAGGUCGUUCCACACUCCAUACUCACCUCGCUCCAUCCUUGACUCCCUGCAGUGACCUAGCACAGGUGAUUCCCCACCCCGGACCCUUCCCCCAGUGACUCGGCUCAGACUGCCGUCCCUGAACUUGUCCGAUCCCUUCUGGUUCCCUGUUGUUGGCACCGGCUGCCCAGCUCCUUGUGGGGGCAGGUCCACAGUGCUCGCUUCCUUCCCACACUGGGCCAUCACCCCAGCCCAGUGCUGCCACCGCAGCCGCCCUUUCCCCCCGCCCCCCACCUCGCCCCAACCUGGAGAUCAGUAAGCCGCUCUGGGCCUUGUGUAUUAGUGCGGGAAAGAGAGGUCUGGGGGACACCCCCCUCACUCAGC